GUUUGUGAAGACAAAUUAUACUGGCUUUUUAAUAAAUUAGUUUCCCCAAAACUUUAGGGAACUACCGUUAGCUUGUAAUGUUCUGAGGCAUGGUAUAAAACAAGCUUCAGGAAGUUCCUUUCCUCCGUUAAAAUGGUUAGCGCCAUCGUGGUUCGCGGCCUCGAGGAGGCGGGCUUGAAGAAGUUUGUAGGAGCUUUUGCUGGCAUUUCGGACCAGGCUUUCUUGGGACUAAUGAUGAGCGAUUAUGCUUCACAUGGUGUGAUCGAUCUAGAGGAUAAGCAGCGGCUAUUCCGUCUCAUAAAGUCCAUUUCAGCUGCUUCGAAGUUGUCAGGCGAGGCGCCAUCUCAGCCAGCUGUGGAGAGGCCCAACGCUCUGAUUGAUCUGGACGAAAACGACGGUGAUCUCCUGUCAGAUGCCGGCGUUGCUUUCCAGCUAUCACCGAUAGCGAACCAGAAAGCAGCUGCACCGUCUGUGGCCUUGGCGAAUAACGUGGACGACCCACCCAAAAUUCGCGUCGUCGUCCGCAAGCGCCCUAUAAGCAAGAAGGAGCGUGAGCGUGGUGAUGAGGACGUGGUGGACGUGCUCUCAAAGGCCGGCACUGUGGUUGUGAACGAGGAGAAGGUGAAAGUGGACCUAACCAAGUACGUCGAGAAGCACGCUUUCAAGUUUGAUGAGGCGCUCGACGAGCAGGUCAGCAACGAGGCGGUGUACCAGCUCACGGUGGGGCCGCUGGUGCGCACGCUCUUCCGCAGCGGCCGUGCAUCUUGUUUUGCGUACGGCCAGACUGGCAGUGGAAAGACGUACACCAUGUCGCCGCUGCCGAUCCGCGCCUCCGCCGACAUCUUCACUUACAUGGCUCAGCAGCAGUACCGGGACAUUAGCCUGUGCGUCUCCUGCUUCGAGAUCUACGGGAACAAGGUCUUCGACCUGCUCAACCAGCGCAAGAAGCUCAACAUCCUGGAGGACGGCAAGCGCAAGGUGGUGGUGGUGGGCCUCAAGGAGUUUGCGGUGGACGAUGUGGAGGGCGUCAAGGCGCUCAUCGAGGAGGCCUCCAAGCAGCGCUCCACCGGCUCCACCGCAGCCAACUCGGACUCCUCGCGCUCGCACUCCAUCAUGCAGUUUGCUCUAAAGCGCGCUGCCCCGGUCGCGGCUGGCGGCUUCCGUCGUGGCGAGGAGCCGCCCGAGCCCCGUGUGGUCGGUAAGAUCAGCUUCAUUGACCUGGCGGGCAGCGAGCGCGGUGCCGACACGUACGACAACAACCGACAGACGCGGCUGGAGGGCGCGGAGAUCAACAAGUCGCUGCUGGCGCUCAAGGAGUGCAUCCGGGCGCUGGACAGCGAUGCGCGACACGUGCCGUUCCGGGGGUCCAAGCUGACGGCUGUGCUGCGGGACUCGUUUGUGGGCGACCAGGCUCGCACUGUCAUGAUUGCCAACAUCUCCCCGUGCUCCACCUCGGUAGAGCAUACACUCAACACGCUGCGGUAUGCGGACCGUGUCAAAGAGCUACGCAAAGACAAGGCGGAGCGCACUCCGGGCGGCGUGACCCCCGGCGACGAUGCCUACUAUGCAGCUGUUGCGCGGGCGGCGGUGCCCGGCCCGGAGCCAGUGGAGCGGGAGCGGUUUGACCAACCGGAGCGGGAGCGGUUGGACCAACCGGAACGAGAGCGGUUUGACCAACGGGACCGUGACUGGGAGCGUGACCGAGGCCCUGACCGCUACCCCAGCCCUCCCCACCAGCAGGGCGGCUGCUUCGUGGGCGGCGUCGGCGACGCGGAUGCCGACGCGCUGGCGGAGCGGCACGACGAGCUGAUGGACAGCAUCCUGCUGGAGGAGGAGAACCUUGUGGCCUUCCACCGCGCCAAGCUGGAGGAGGACAUGGAGACGAUGCGGCAGGAGAUGGCGCUGCUGCAGGAGGUGGACAAGCCCGGCAGCGAGAUUGACCACUACGUGGAGCAGAUGACGGCGCUGCUUAACAUCAAGCGGCAAGGCAUCCAGGGGCUGCAGGCGAAACUGGACGCCUUCAAGGCGAAGCUGCGGGAAGAGGAAGCACUCAGCAGGACGGUGCACAAGAUUCGCGCAUAAUGUACGGAACCGUGCUCAGUCGGAUGGAUUCCUGCAUGUCCUGAAGGGGUUUGAAGGGGCGUCGGCUUGUAUGCGUACAACAGUGUCACAGAUGUGAAGCCCCAUCCGCCGGUGGGAUGGUGCGUAGUAGUUUGUAGGUUAUCAGGCCGUUAGCAAGCUCGUGUUUAGGUAUACAUGCUUGGGAGGCUUGGGCUCUAGGCAGCAACAGUAGAAAUAACCACUGCGCAGGGUCAUGCAGGGCCUCUACGGUCUGUUAGGCAAGGAUGUUAGAAGUCGGUAGGGGCUGGUAGCAUGACCUGUCCGCAGGGCGAGAUUCCGAGCGGUAGUUAGACGAGGCACUUCCAUGUGCAUGGAGUGAAAAACGAGCGAUUUAUGGUGAACAGUACCUGAUGCUGGUUAGCCACGCAGGAGUAGCUGGUGCUUUUACGGGUGUACCCCACGGAUACUUGCGUUAAGGGUAACGGUACUGCUUCAUCCUUGAACGUUAUGAACUGAGACCAUACAUUCUUGGCAAGCCGUCCCGGUGUGCCUUUGCAUGGCUCCAUCAAACGUUAUGCCGACCCGGGGGCUUGGAGGCAAGGCAGAGUAAACCAAACGGGAAUACCUACCAUAACCGUUGGCCGGGAUGCGGGGAAGGGGAGGGCAUGCUGGUCUGUAAUCCCAAGCGGCCG